AUGAGUUCAUUCUACCUUCAGGUUUGCAUCUAUUGUUGUUUUCUCAAUGUUUAUAUUCAAAAUUUCUUUCCUUUAUAUUAUAGAAAACCAUUCCUUUUACACACUGUUAUCCUAAUUGACAAUAUUUGCAUAUCAAAAUUAAACAUGAUAACGACUAAAAUGCUUUGGUAUCAAGGUUUUCCUUAUGAUAUUCUUCUCUCUUCCUUAUCAUUCAUGUUUUACCUUUUAUGUUUUUUUGAUACAUACUUGUCCACAUACCCAUGCACCUAUUCGAGUGAUUCGAUACCAAAGUUGAAUCCCCCCCCCAAAAUAAACCAAUAA